AUGUCCCGCCACCAGUACGAUUUGAUCCAGUGCAUGAAGCAAACCGGUCCCGUCGCUGGCCUAGUCUGCCAGCAAUGUGACGGCAGGUGUCCUGUUUGCGACUCGUACGUCAAGCCCACCACCAAAGUCACCAUUUGCAGCGACUGUUCAUUUGGCCACUUGAGUCACAAGUGCAUCAUGUGCAGCAAUUUCUUGGGCGACAACAACGAAAACGGAACCCCAGCUUUCUACUGCUUGGAGUGUGUGCGGCAGGACUUGGACCGGGAAGGAUGUCCUCGGGUGAUCAACGUGGGAAGCUUGAAGGCAGACAUGAUUGUGCGGAGGAAGAAGGCGUAG